AUGGCUCUCUCUUCCAUAGAAACAGCCCUCACAAAGCAUAUUCGUUCUCUACUACAAACCCAUUUCUCCACAAAGUCAUUGAAAAGAUUAGCAUGUUCAAUAUCAUUGAUUUCGUGUCUAUGUGCUGGCUCAGUCCUGCUAUUUGCCCUAUUCACUCCUGUCUUACAACACCAAUUACAUUACACACAGUUCCAGAUUAAUAUUAUUGGUAGUUUCACUUCAAUUGGGAUGUAUUUACCAUUACCAGUAUUGGGAUAUUUAGCAGAUUGUCAUGGUCCAGUGCUUUUAUCAGUCAUUAGUGUUUUGUUUUUCUCUCCAGGUUAUACGCUGGCUGCUACUGUUGUCCAAAAAGAUUGGAGUUUUUGGUAUCUUGCAAUAAGUUUUGGACUGAUUGGUUGUGCAACCUCUGCUCUAUAUUUCACAGCUCUACUAACUUGCGCAAAGAUUUACCCAAAGAGUAAAGGUUUGACUAUCAGUGCACCUGUGACAUGCUAUGGUUUAUCCUCUUUGAUCGGGUCACGAGUUUUGAAAUUGUCAUGUUUACAGAAAAAUGGUGAUUUGGAUCUAUACAGAUGUUUCAAGUUUUUCAGUUUUCUUUAUUUGUUCCUAGGAUUAUUUAAUUGGGUCAGCGCAAGUGUUGUCUCUAUUGAAAGAGAUGUGUUACUGAGGAAGCAUGAAGAUGGUGAGAAUACACCAUUGCUGACUGAUCCAAACCAAGAGCAUGAGAAUAAUGACGAUUUAGUCCCAAAUCAUAAGUCUAAAUUUUUGAAAUUCAUAAAAGAUAUUUCUACAUAUGUUUUGUUAUUCUCUCUUUUGUUAAGUAUUGGCCCUUCAGAGGUGUAUAUUACAAAUAUGGGCUCCUUGGUUAAAGCCAUAACUCCAAACUCUUUAAUUUCUGAUCAAGUUGCAAUCCAUGCUGUUUUUUCAACAUUAUCUAGAUUAUCAUUAGGUGCAUUAUCAGAUUUUCUAGUUACAAAUUAUCAAAUUUCAAGAAGUUGGUUGUUAUUAUCUAUAAUAGUACUCGGAUUCUUUACCCAAAUAUUCAUUGCAACAUCCACUUUUGUUAAAGAUCAAUAUUAUAUCAUUAGUGCAUUAUCAGGGUUUUCAUAUGGUGGAUUAUUUACAUUAUACCCUACAGUUAUCUUCUCGAUUUGGGGACCAGAAAUUUUCGGUUCCGCAUGGGGAUCAUUUAUGAUUGCACCAGCUAUAGGAUCAACUACCUUCGGUAUGAUAUUUGGUCUGGUUUAUGAUUCAGCAUGUGGUGUUUUCACUGAGAGUACAACAGGUAACUGUGUCAGUCUUUGCAGUACUAUUACUCAUUGCAUGGAAAGGAAUUUGGACCAAAAGAGGUCUCUCAUUAUCAUAGAUCAUUUGCAUUACAUUAAUUACAUCUAUUUGUUAAUUCUUCUAUUCAAUUCAUAG